UUUUACCUUUGAAGACAAUGUUAGGACCAAGAUACGAUGAACAGGUUGCUGAAGAAAAUCGCUUUCACCCGAGUAUGUUAUCCAACUACUUAAAGAGUCUGAAGGUUAAAAUGGGUUUACUGGUAGACUUGACCAACACCACUAGAUUCUAUGACAGGAAUGAUAUAGAGAAAGAGGGGAUUAAAUAUAUAAAGCUCCAGUGUAAAGGGCAUGAUGAGUGCCCUACACCUGAGAAUACAGAGACAUUUAUCCGUGUAUGUGAACACUUUAGUGAUAAGAAUCCCUCAGAGCUUAUAGGUGUCCACUGUACACAUGGUUUCAAUAGAACUGGAUUUCUGAUCUGUGCCUUUUUGGUAGAGAAGAUGGACUGGAGUAAUGGGGCUGCUGUGGCUACUUUUGCGCAGGCUAGACCACCGGGUAUUUAUAAAGGUGACUAUUUGAAGGAAUUAUUUCGUCGUUAUGGAGAUGAAGAUGAUGCACCAUCACCACCUGAGCUACCAGAGUGGUGCUUUGAUGAAGAUGAAGAGGAGGAUGAUGAUAAUGGUAAAACAGGAGGCCAAGAAUCAGAACCUGGAUCAUCAAGCUCUUCCUUUGGCAAGAGGAGAAAAGAACGUCUAAAACUGGGUGCAAUUUUCUUGGAAGGAAUAACAGUUAAAUGUGUGACGCAGGUGACAACACAACCAAAGUUAGGAGGAAUACAGCAAAAAUGCCAGCAGUUCUGUGGAUGGGAAGGGUCUGGAUUCCCUGGAGCACAGCCUGUUUCCAUGGACAAGCAAAACAUUAAAUUUUUGGAGCAGAAGCCAUACAAAGUUAGCUGGAAAGCAGACGGCACUCGGUACAUGAUGCUGAUUGAUGGCAAGAAUGAAGUUUAUAUGGUUGAUAGAGACAAUUCCAUUUUUCACGUGUCUAAUCUGGAAUUUCCAUUUCGUAAAGAUCUUCGCGCACAUCUAACAAACACUCUUCUGGAUGGGGAAAUGAUCAUCGACAAGGUUAACGGACAGGUUGUCCCUCGGUACUUGAUAUAUGACAUUAUUAAGUUUAAUGGACAGCCUGUUGGAGACUGUGAUUUUAAUGUUCGACUUGCAUGUAUAGAGAAAGAGAUUAUAUUUCCACGACACGAAAAGAUGAAGAAUGGUCUUAUCGACAAAGCACAGGAACCAUUCAGUGUUCGAAACAAACCAUUUUUCGACAUCUACGCUUCAAGAAAGCUCCUGGAAGGAAGCUUUGCUAGAGAAGUUAGCCAUGAAGUGGAUGGACUGAUAUUUCAGCCUACAGGAAAAUACAAGCCUGGUCGAUGUGAUGAUAUUUUGAAAUGGAAGCCACCCAGCCUGAACUCUGUUGAUUUUCGUCUAAAGAUAACAAGAAUUGGUGGAGAGGGGCUACUCACCCAGAAUGUUGGUCUUCUUUAUGUUGGAAACUUUGACAGACCUUUUGCACAAAUUAAGGUGACAAAAGAUCUGAAACAGUACGACAAUAAAAUUAUAGAGUGCAAGUUUGAGAACAACAGCUGGGUCUUCAUGAGACAGAGAGUAGACAAAAGCUUUCCAAAUGCCUACAGCACUGCCAUGGCUGUAUGCAAUAGCAUCCAGAAUCCGGUCACAAAGGAGAUGCUGUUUGAGUUCAUUGACAGAUGUGCAGCAGCUUCUCAAGGACAGACGCGGAAGCACCACCUCGAUCCUGACACCGAACUCAUGCCACCCCCACCGCCCAAAAGGCCGCGUACCAUAACAUAA